AUGGGUCCCGCGCGAAGCCGGCUGGUAGCGGACUCGGCGCAUGUCGACGAUCGGCACCCGAUUCUAGAAAGAGAUUAUAACAGUACCUCCGAAUAUUUUAAUGAUACUCCAUGUCAAAAAGUGUUUUGCUCCUAUAAAGCUAGGCUCUUAAAUGACCAUGGGCGAAAAGUUUCGAACGGAAGAUUGGAACUAACUUAUAGCGACCUCAUUUAUCGUUAUACCGAACAAAAUGUCCCAAAACUUGUAAGCUGGCCUCUGAGUGGUCUUCGAGGUUUUGGUGGUGGGCAACAUCUUUUCACAUUCGAAGCUGGACGACGAUGUGCAAAGUCUGGAAUUUUUGUUUUCAAGUGCAAACGAGCUCUUUGGCUUAAUUCGAUUUUAGGUGAACAUAUAGCCAGGCUGGCUCAGAUGGAACGCCAUAGGGUUAAUUCUUGUGCUUGUCGAAAUCGUGGUGACUUGCCAACUGGAAGAUUGCCUGGUGAGACUUCUCGGGAAGCAUUGGAAAUAACUGAACAUUCAACAGAAAUACCUCAUGCGUACACCUUUAUCCGUCAAGAACGAAUCCCAGUUCUUCCCUAUUCUACAGCGACCCAGACUAUUUUCGACUGGCCUACAACAACGACUCCCUACACUCGAAUUGGCGUUGGUGGUUCUAGUCAGCGUCAUCGAUGGUGUUUUAGUGACGACUACAUAUAUCUCUCUCGAAAUCUGCCAUCUCCAUCACCACUCGGCCUUCACAUCCAGCGAAAUCCUCCUUUAUCCGCUUCUCUCUCUUCCCUACCUGCUAGUUUGUCUGGUGGUGUCUACCUCAUCGCUGUUCCCAAUUUUACCAGUGCUCACUCCUAUGAGAAUCAGAGGGCACUGUUUGCUGCUGCCUCAUCGAGCUAA